AUGAAGUUGAAGAGAAGGGCAACCAGAAAAGAUACAUAUUACUCUGCAGCAUUCUGCAAUGUGUCAUGUGCUGAAUACUGGCACAAGUACAAAUGCUCCAAGAAGACCCCAAAGUAUGAGGAUGUUUGCACCUCCAUUGCCAGAGUGGGUUCUCUAAAAGUGAUUCAAUGGGCCCAUGAGAAAGGAUUUCCAUGUAAUAAAGAUACUUGUUCUGCUGCCGCUGAGGGUGGAAAUUUGGAAGUCCUGAAAUGGGCCCGUGAAAAUGGCUGCCCUUGGUGUGAAGACACUUGCAUGCAUGCUGCAGAAAAUGGCCAUCUGGAUAUGCUGAGAUGGGCUCAUGAAAAUGGCAGCCCUUGGGACUGGCAGACAUGUGCACAUGCUGCAAAAAAUGGCCAUCUGGAAGUGCUAAAGUGGGCUCAUGAAAAUGGCUGCCCUUGGGACUGGCGGACAUGUGCAAAUGCUGCUGCAGGUGGUCAUUUGGAUGUUCUGAAAUGGGCUAUUGAAAACGGAUGCCCUUGGGAUGAUGUCACAUGUGCAAAUGCUGCUGCAGGUGGUCAUUUGGAUGUUCUGAAAUGGGCACAUGCAAAUGGCUGUCCAUGGGAUACAAGGACAAGUGAAAAUGCUGCAAAGGGUGGCCAUUUGGAUGUUCUCAAGUGGGCUCAUGAAAAUGGGUGUCCCCAGGAUUCAUGCACAUGUGCUGGAGCUGCCAAGGGAGGUCAUUUGGAAGUUCUAAAAUGGGCUCAUGAACAUGGCUGUCCAAUGGUGGAAUCAACAUGUUACAAUGCUGCAUGUGGGGGCCAUUUGGAAAUUCUGAAAUAUGCCCAUGAACAUGGAUGUCCAUGGGAUGAAAGUACCUGUACCUUUGCGGCCUUUCAUGGAGAUUUGGAGUUCCUAAAAUGGGCUCAUGUACACGGGUGUCCAUGGAAUGCGCUAGUUUCGUGGAUGGCUGCUAGCGAAGGCCAGUUGGAAGUACUUAGAUAUGCUCACGAGAAUGGCUGUCCAUGGCACAAGGACACAUCCACAUGUGCUGCCAAGUAUGGGUACUUGGAUGUGAUAAAGUAUGCUCAUGAGAAUGGAUGUCCCUGGGAUGAACAGACAUGUGAAGGUGCUGCUGCUGGAGGCUACUUGGAGAUUCUAAAAUAUGCACGGGAGCAAGGCUGCCCAUGGGACGAUCGCACUGUCAAAGCUGCUCGCAAGUGGAAGCAUUGGGAAGUUCUCAAAUGGGCUAAGAAAAAUGGUUGCCCUGGAAAAAGGAAGCGGAGAUGGUGCUUGCUAGCUAGCUAG